AUGGAUCCAUCAUCAAUAGACUUUAUGAAGCACAUGGCGGCGACGGUGAUGGAGCACUUGGAUACCGUACGGUCGAAGCACCUGAAUAGUCAGGCCAAGCGGAUGAUUUUUGGUCUUGGCAGCUUUGUGGAAGGCAAGACCACGCUUCGUGGUUCCUGGCUGGAGUCAGAGGAGCAGGAGGCUGCCGCCGGGUGGACGAGGGAGCCGGUUGAGGGACAGUUGAACCAAAACGAGCAGGAUUUCCAGGAAACACAGACUCAAACGCGGCAGUUUUCUCAUCGCCCAAGGGAACAUGUAGCGUUUUCCAAAGAGGAAUCGAACAAGCGCCACAAAGUGAAGACAUCAUAUCGAUCCUCGGCUUCCGGCGACAAACUGCCUGACGACACCACUCCGGCUGAGUUGCAGCGGGUAUGCUCCCGGGCGGCUAACUUGAUUCGUGAGUCUAUCGAAGUGGAGGGAGUCGUUUUCCUAGACGCGAGGAUUGAGUCUUUUGGAGGUCUCGUCGGCGGAGACAGUGCGUUUUUGCCCACACUCAGUUCGUCCCCUCCGAAUCCCGAGGACAAUACCACUACCUGCCGCCCUCUGGGCUAUUCCACCACUCAGACUUCCACCGUAAAUGCCUGCGACCGUCGUGCAACAUCACAUGACUAUGCAGUGCGAGAGAUUGUGCUCAAGGCAAUGAUGAACCGCUACCCGCAAGGGAAAAUCUUCAACUAUACGCAGGACGGCUUGUUAUCCGACGAUAUCAGCACCAGUGCCAGGACACAAGGGACAGAGGGUAGCGGUAAAAGGCCACGGCGAUGCCACAAGCAAGAUGCAGAUGACUUGAGUAAGGCACUCGGAGGUGCGCGUAGUGUCAUUUUCCUUCCUCUUUGGGACACGCACAAGUCGAGAUGGCUCUCUGGGGUCCUUGUGUGGACGAAUACUCCCAAACGCGUUUUUACGACUGAGAAUGAACUCGCCUAUCUCCGAGCAUUUGGCAACAGUGUCAUGGCAGAGGUACAUAGGCUGGACGUGGAAAUGGCAGAAAAGGCAAACACGAACCUCAUCACCAGCAUAUCGCAUGAGCUGCGAAGUCCGCUGCACGGCAUUCUUGGAACCGCAGACAUUUUGUGUGACACUGCUAUGAACGCGCUGCAACAGGGCAUGGUCCAUACCAUCGAGUCCUGCGGCCGAACAUUACUCGACACCAUCAACCAUUUGCUCGACUUUACUUAUAUUGACAAGUUCAAGCAAGACCCUAAGCUGAAGAAGAAGCACCGGCGCAAGACCAUCCGCGAAGCCUCAGCUCAGGAGCAGGUGAAACUCGAACGUACUUCGCCAAGCAACAUUAAGGACUCAUUCGAGGAUGUCCAGCUCGACUCUGUACUCGAGGAAGUCGUGGAGAGUGUUUUUGCCGACCACAGCUUCUAUCAUCGCCCUCGCACCCAGCAUCGACAUGGUAAUGCAGAUACUUCGCAAGCUAUACAUCAGCCAAAGCAAGUGACAAUCGUCUUUGACAUCCAGGAGGCCACUGAGUGGAAAUUCUUUACCCAGGCCGGGUGCUGGCGCCGCAUUUUGAUGAACGUUUUUAGCAAUGCACUGAAAUACACCACGCAAGGCUACAUCUACCUGCGGCUGACAGCAACUGAAUCACCUUGUGCGGCAAGGAAGGAUUCCGACGGGUCACCGGAACCUAACGACCGAUAUCUCGUCACUCUCACUGUCAAAGAUACCGGGCAGGGCAUCAGCGCAAAGUUCCUACGAAAUGGGCUGUUCACUCCGUUUUCGCAAGAAGAUACACUCUCGCCUGGUAGCGGACUCGGACUGAGCAUUGUGCAAAAAGCACUUCGCUCGCUUGACGGCUCGAUCGAUGUCAGUUCCGAGAAAGAUCGCGGUACCGAAGUAUCCAUUCAGGUGCCGCUCAAACUUGCCUCGCUGCCAGACAAAUCAGACGGGUCAUCUUCGAACGCGGCAUACAGCCUCAUACGGAAAGAAGGUGAAGGGAAAACCAUCGGCUUACUGGGAUUCGGCUCUUCCGCCUCUUCUGAUCGGGAUGCCACGCUGUACAACGCGUUGAAGCGCGUGUGCGAGGACUGGUUCCAUCUUACCGUCAAAACAGUCUCUUUGCAUGGCGACCGCACUCCCUGCAACUUUUACCUCAUGGUCCACACUGAUCUGGAUGGAUCAGAUGCCGAAGGAAACCAGCAGUUCAACCUCCUCGAUCUAAAGGGCAUAUCACCGCUCAUUGUCAUAUGUCAGUCUCCGGAGACUGCGCAUAACAUGUUCGUGCGCACAAUGACCUCAAAGCGCGACCGGGACUCCAUUGUUGAGUUCAUCAGCCAGCCCUGCGGGCCGCGCAAGCUCGCGAAAACACUGGAACUGUGUAUUCGCCAACUCCAUGGCGAAGGUGCCCACCGUGAAGAAGGGACCCGCUGGGUUGAAGUGCCGGAAUCCUCGCAUCUGCCGCUGGACAUUGACACAAGAGACGCGCCGAGGGACAGAAUGAAGAUUAGCAAACGGCCUACCACGGAUACAUUUGGAAGCCAGGAUAACGGAGACACUCCGGAGCAUCACCGACCAUGCGCAUUACUCGUCGAGGAUAACCCGGUGAAUCUGAAGAUCCUCAAGACCUACGUGACAAAGGAAGGCUGGAGUUGUGAGACCGCGACCAACGGACUCGAAGCCGUCGAGCGGUUCCGCGAGAACCCCAGCAAGUUCGUCCUGGUCGUCAUAGGUCGGCUUAGCUCUCCACCCUCAAUCUCAACCAAGCUAACAAACAAUUCAGACAUCUCAAUGCCGAUAAUGGACGGCUUCAAAGCCAGCCGCACGAUCCGCGACUUCGAGCGAACGCACUUUGACAAGAAAUUCUCCUUAAAGCCACCAUGGUCCCCGACAACAAUCACCGCGUUAACCGGAUUGGACAGUGCGGCUGCGCAGCAGGAAGCAUUUGCCUCUGGGAUCGACACCUUUCUCACCAAGCCGAUCAAGCGGCAGGAUAUUCGCGUUCUGCUAGAGCGGUGUAAACCAUGA